AUGCGGCUCAUAAUCUUAGAGGACGCGUCGGUGGUGGCGGACUGGGCGGCGCGCUUCGUGUUACAACGCAUCACGGAGUUCGCGCCGGGGCCCGACCGCCGGUUCGUGCUGGGCCUGCCCACCGGCGGCACGCCGCUUGGCAUGUACCGCCGCCUCAUCGACUUCUACAAGGAGGGCCGCAUUUCCUUCAAAUACGUCACCACUUUUAAUAUGGACGAAUACGUCGGACUCCCGCGCGACCACCCCGAGUCGUACCACUACUACAUGUGGAACGAGUUCUUCAAGCACAUCGACAUCGACCCCGCGCACGCGCACGUGCUGGACGGGAACGCGCCGAACCUCGUGGCGGAGUGCCAGCGCUUCGAGAACCUCAUCAAGGAGGCCGGCGGGGUCCGUCUCUUCAUCGGUGGCAUCGGGCCGGACGGGCACAUCGCGUUCAACGAGCCGGGCUCGUCGCUGGUGUCGCGCACGCGCGUCAAGACGCUGGCCUACGACACGCUGGAGGCCAACAAGCGCUUCUUCGGCAACGACAUCUCCAAGGUGCCGCGCCAGGCGCUCACCGUCGGCGUCGGCACCGUCAUGGACGCCCAAGAGGUGAUGAUCUUGAUCACGGGCGUGCACAAGGCGCUGGCGCUGGCCAAGGCGGUGGAGGAGGGCGUGAACCACAUGUGGACGGUGUCGGCCUUCCAGCAGCACCCGCAGACGCUGUUCGUGUGCGACGAGGACGCCACGCUCGAGCUGCGCGUCAAGACCGUCAAGUACUUCAAAGCGCUGAGCGGCGAGCACCAGAAGAUGAUCGCGAGCGCGCCGGUGAAGCAGCAGCACGUGCUGCACUGACGCAGAGUCUGAUGGGCGAGCACAACAAGCUGAUCGCCAGCGCACGGUGAUACAGUUAUGGACACAUUCCAGUUUGAUGAAAUUAUAUAAAAUAUUAUAUGAUAAUGUUUAAGUUUGAUGUAUGGAUAUUAUUGUGAAUAUAAUUGAAUCUAAUAUUGUUAUAUUUUAUACAUUAUCAUUUAUAACA